AUGUCUGGUUUAGACACCACCGAAGAUAUCUCAAUUAGCAAGAAUAAUCAAGAGUUUCUACCAUCUGAAUUGAAGAGAGAAUUUAAUGAGUUUUCAAAUGAAAGGGAAAAAAUUGCUUACUUAAAAGUGGUUAAGUCAGAACGUGAAAAAAGUGUAAAAAUCAUAUUUUAUC